AUGUCAUUCUUGACUGAGGAAGAGGAGAGAGUACGAAAGCGCGAGGAGCGAAAUCGCACUUCUCGACAGCAAAUAAUUGAACAUGUGAAAAAGAAUCUCCUUUACACGGCUUUUGAUGUAAAGUGGGUGCCGUAUAGUGCGACUUUAGCAGUAGUAGGCCAGUACCCGAACAAUCAGGGUGCUAUUUCCCUGUUUCAGCUUAACAAGGGCGAACUUCGCGUAGAGCGGGAAAUUAAGACUAAAAUGCCCAUAAAGUGUUGUACAUUUGGUCACAACAACGUCCAGCAGCAGUCGGCUAUAACAAUGUGUGUUGGAGACUUCGCUGGUGGUCUCUCUGUGUGGGACAUUGAACAUCUCGAUGGCGAGCCGAUUUUUCACAAUGGGCACGCACACGAGAGCAUCAUAAAUGCCGUUGACGGGGCACAGUUUACUGGUCCACCAGAGAUUGCUAGCUGUGGGCGAGACGGCUGUGUUAAAGUAUGGGACGUGCGUCAGGCAGCAAAACCGGUGGUGUCACUAAAUCCAACUGACCCUGCUCACGCACGUGAUUGUUGGACUGUGCGUUUUGGAAAUAGUUUUGACCCUGAUGAGCGUGUCGUAGCUGCUGGCUACGAUAAUGGGGAUGUGAAGCUAUUCGACUUGCGCAUGCAGAAAAUGCUACAUGAGUUUAACGUGGGCAACGGUGUGUGCGACUUGGAGUUUGACCGCCCUGACAUCAGCAUGAACAAACUAAUUGUCUCUUCGCUGGAAGGCCGCAUCCGCGUGUACGAUAUGCGCACACUGCACCCAAAACUUGGCUACGCAUACGUAGAGGAGCGUGUAUCGAACGGUACGGUGUGGUGUACACGAGCGUUACCGCAGAACCGCGAGAUCUUUCUCUGCGGCGGCGGUGGUGAACUCACUCUCUGCUGUUAUCACUACCCCGCCGAGCGGGUGUUGCGGGAUGCGGACGGCACUGCGAAGGGCGUUCCCGGCGCAGUGGCGGAACUCAACCGCGCCAAAGUGGGCGACCAGCCGAUCCACGCGCUCGACUGGAACCGCGGGAAGGAGGGAUUGCUCGCCUGCGCCUCGUUUGACCAGAGCAUCCGCGUCAUGCUGGUUACGAAGCUGUCUCUGGUACAGUAG